AUGGAUUUGUCUAAAAACAAUACUUCACGUUUAAAAUAUGUGUUUCCUGUAAAUUCUUUUAUUGACACCAGUUUCUAUCAACGGUUAUCAGACUUAAAGUUAGAUACAUUGAAAUUGAGUGAAUCGAGUAUUCCUGUUAAAUCUAUACUUCACCUAGAUAAUAUACCUAAACAAAAUUCAGUAACACCCCUAUUUCUAAAUGGACAAAGUUUUGACGUUAAUUCACAAAGUAACUAUGGUGCUAAUCAAGAUACAUUAAUUGAGAUUGGAGGAGAAAUUUUAAAUUUUAAUAAACUAGAACAAAUGAUGACUUUAGAUAAACAACAAUAUCUUUACGAACAAGGAAUGAAACUAUGGGAGGAUUGUAAAAAAAACAUCCAUAAAUGUUUUAAAUUUUGUCUAAUAAGUUUUGCAGAUUUGAAGAAGUAUCAGUAUACUUAUUGGUUAAUGAUACCUUCCUUCAUUCUCAAGGGACUCAUAAUCACUAUUGAAAAAGAUUUAUUAAAUAGACAACUCAAUGAUGUUAGAGAUUGGUUUUGUCAAACUGUGAAUAGAGAUAAAUGGGUGUGUGUAAUGAAUAACUCAGUAAUUAAAGAUUAUGACCCAGAGGAGAAUAUAAGUUUGAAUGGAAAGAUUGUUUUCAUUAGAGAUACGUCAAAUAUUGAUAAAAUUCCUUCAAGUGUCACCAAAAAUAUAUUAACUACAAUCAAGUAUAAUAAUCCUAAGAUUAUAAAACUUAAUGUUUAUUUUGUUAGGGGUUCAGAUAAAAAGAGUUUCGGAUAUACAUUGAAAUUUGAUGAUAAUAAUACACCAAAUUUCGAUGAAUUUCUAUUAAAUUUUUCUGGUUGGGAAAGAACCACAGAGGGUAAAUUAUUACCAAGACAAAUUGAUUUAUCUUCUUUGAUUGACCCAUUAAAGAUAGCAGAACAAAGUCUAGAUCUGAAUUUAAGGUUAAUGAAAUGGCGUAUUGUACCUGGCUUAAAUUUGGAUAUUAUUAAAGAUACAAAAGUUCUUCUAUUAGGUGCAGGUACACUUGGAUGUUAUGUAGCAAGAACAUUGUUAGGGUGGGGUGUACGAAGAAUAACGCUUGUUGAUAAUGGAACAGUGUCCCAUUCAAAUCUUGUUAGGCAACCAUUAUUUGAGUUUAAUGAUUGUGGUAAGCCAAAAGCAAAAGUUGCCGCUGCUGCGUUAAAAAGAAUAUUUCCUCUUGUCCAAGCCGAAGGUAUAAAUAUAUCAAUUCCAAUGAUUGGUCAUCCGAUUACUAAUGAAUUAAGAGAACAUAGGGAAUUAGAUAUAUUAAAUGAAUUGAUAAAAGACCAUGAUGUUAUAUAUUUGUUAACAGAUUCUAGAGAAUCGAGAUGGUUGCCUACUGUACUUUCAAAUAUAGAAAGUAAAAUGGUUAUUAAUGCAGCAUUAGGUUUUGAUAGCUAUUUAGUUAUGAGACAUGGGAUUUAUGAUAAUAAUGAUAAGAACGCCAAAUUAAAUGGAGAAUCAACUAGACUUGGUUGUUAUUUUUGUAAUGACAUUGUGGUGCCUACAGAUAGUAUGAGAUUAAAAACAUUAGAUCAAAUGUGUACAGUGACUAGACCUGGGGUUGCUUUACUGGCAUCUUCGCAAGCUGUAGAAUUAAUGGUUUCAAUGUUACAAAGAGAUAAAGCACAAGAAUCUAAUAAAGGACAAUGUAUCUUAGGAGAGAUACCUCAUCAGAUUAGAGGGUUUCUUGAUAAAUUUGAGACUUUAAAAGUCGAAUCACCAGCGUAUACACAUUGUUCAGCAUGUAGUCACAUUAUUGUAGAGACCUGUAGAAAUAAUGUAUGGGAUUUUGUAAAAAAUUCAUUGAACGACAACGAAUAUAUUGAAAGAUGUAGUGGUCUUUUAGAAAUAAAGCAAAAAAUGGAGAGUAUUAUGGAGGAUAUUACGUGGAUUAGUGAUGAUGAGCUAUGA